UUCAUCCCUUGCGCCGCUGCAGCUCCGCUGCCGUUUCCGCUCAGGCCGUGUACAUCCGAAAGCGCAGCUCGGCAGUUAAUUCUGCACAUUUGAAUUAGUUGGUCCUGCGCCAGCCAUGGACGGGUGCGACUUCUGGAGCGGGGUCUGUCCAUGCUGUGGUCAGAGGUGCUUCUCUCGGCAGACCUUCACUGGGGCGAAUUCCCAGACAUUCCAACCUGGUUUCACCAUGACUGUGAUAUCCAAUACAGAUUGGAAUGGAAUUGGCGAAAGCGACGUUGCGCGCCAGAGUACGUCUGGUAUUCCGCGCGGCUAUGUUCCUCAUCAGCCUGGUGAGUUUGUAGCUUUCGGGGCGUUCUUCAUCUGUGCAUGUUGCCAUGAAUGUCUGUUUCCCGUCUUCCAUCUGGACUCAGCGGGUCAAGUAACACUCCUUUGCUACAAGAUCCACCGAGGGCUCAGAACUCACAUGGGCGAGGACGUCCGUCGUCGUCACGGGUUAUAUAUUCUUGCUCUGGCCGCCAACGUUCGAGCUGUUUCGUGUUGGUGGCGACAUGCUUUGCAACGAACACCAGAAAAUUAGAUCAGUCGAUCUUGCACGGUGUUCAGUUUUCGAGUUUGUGUCAGCGCCUGUUGCAGGCAGGUUUGUGGCCCCAGUCGCGCCUGCUCUGGGGAAAGGGCCGCUUCUAGUCUUUGUAAAAUACAUGGGCAAGACUGUGGAGCAUCACGUGCAUGAGGAUGCUACAGUAGGCGGACUGGCACAGCUCGUGUCGCAGCGCUGUGGUGACAGCGUCCUGGCGAUCACACCGUCAAUUGUUCAUCAUGGGCCAGAGUGCGGCUCAGUGACUAUCGAGUGGCUCAGCAUGGCAGGCUCUGUGCUGACGAAGACGACAACCAGGACGAGCGAGUCGAUUGGCUCUCUGAGGGCACGGGUCGCGGAGAGGCUCUGGACACCCGUGCACCGCCUCCGCUUGUGCCUGUCAGAUGGGCGGUUGCUUGAGAUCAUGGAGGACGACCUGGUGCUCUCCGGAGAUCGGCUCUGCGAGGCUGGGCGGUGCCCCGAGGAGGGGAGGCGCGUCUCGGAGAAGUGGUCCCUGGCAAGAGCCCUCGGCGUGGGCGACUGCGGCGGCCCGCCGGGUCCGGAGAGGCUUCCCUGGCAGCUGUUCUGCGAUCCCGCGGUGGGCCAGUGGUGGCGCCGCUCCGACGAGGACUGGUUCCUAUCAUUUAGCGGUUCCAAGAGCAGCGUCGACCUCUGGAGCCCCACGUGGCGCCGGUUCAAGUCGCCCGAUGACGAGUCUUAUUGGUGGUUUCGAGCGCGUGACGGCGAGUACUUCCUGGAGCCCACCGACAGCGGAGCGGGGCAGCGUCAGGCAUGGAAGAAGUACACCCCGCUCGUGGGAAGGAGCUUCUGGAUGCGAUCUCGCGAGGACUGGUUCUUCAUCGACACAGGCCUGAAGCUCCCUGCGGAUCACCCCUUUGGGGGGGACGCCAGGCUGAGGUGGCAGCGCUUCCAGUCGCCCGAUGGCGUUGCUUUUGGGUGGUUCCGCGAUGUAGACGGGGAGUGGUUUUGGGAGGACACGGGCAGCUGCUGAGCAGUGGUCGCGGCUGUCAUCGGAAUGUGAGCGCGGCAAGCCCGCGCAGAUGGCGGGGCUGCCUGGCCGCCGCAGAGCGCUAUCGUGGGCUAGGAGCGCUAGCGCAUGUAGGCGGCCACCAGCGACCCGCCAAUACCAAACGUCAGUCCACCGAUGGGUCGCAGAUUGGUAUUGGUGGGCCGUUGGCCCUUCCUCAGCGUCUUUGACAGCCCAUCCCCAGUGCGCGUCGGACAGAACCUCUGCAUCGCUCGCGCACUGAAUUAUUCAUUGUGGUGUUCAUCACCGCCAAGAUUGAAAUCAGCUCGAGGUGUCGCUCGCCGAUGUUCCACUGUUUUUUCUGCUGCCCAUUACCACUGGCUGCCAUUGUUAUGACAGCCAGUUGUCAAGAGAGGGAAGAGAAGG